AUGCCUAUUGCCUUACGUUGGAGGCCACUUUCAACUGGAUACCUGUUAACCUACUUGGGUCAGUCUUUGAGCCACUUUGCAAGCGUUGCGCAAUAUGGCUCCACCUGGCACACGACCUCGUCCUCGAUCCUCAGCAGCUACAGCGUCUUCUCCAGGUACCGGACGCCAGCCGAAAUAGGAGGGUACAUUGGACUCAUGCAUAUUAAUAUAACUUAUAGUUUGACUAAUUACACGGACACCGAUAUAAUCGGUGACGUCGAGUACAAUGAAAGGUUUUGGUGGAGAAGUCCCACAGAAAUGAGUGAGUCAUUCCGCGAGGCUCUUUAUCGUGGAACGCCUUUUCCAAUCAUUUCGCUGGCUGAGACUUGUUUUGCAGCCUGGUCAUUAAUGAACCUCCUACUGGUUGUGGUCCCAAGAUACGGAGCCUAUAGCAUGAUAUUCACCGGUAUACUCAUGCUGUUUACCAAUUUAAUUUACUGGUCACUGCUGCCCUGUGAGCCGUUAAUUGCUCACGUAGAUGGCUCGGUUCUUGUCUUCAGUUUCGGGUGGAAUUAUUGGCUUGUCCUUGUCGCUGGAUCAAGCUGUUUGCUCAGUGGAAUUAUUAUAACAAUAAUUGACCUGAUUUUCCCUCAUCAAUUUUCGACGAUCCUUGAAGUUGAUUAUGACACGCCUUAUGACAGGCAUGUUAUUAUUGAGGAGAGCUUUGAUACGAGAAAUAUACCACAGAAAUUUCCAAGAGUUAAAGAAAAUCUUUAUGAUCAAAGAAGUUCCAGUCAAUUACCAUCCAAGGGAAGUGAUAAAAAACUCCACGAAGGGAUAGUUAACCGUGGAUAUAUAUCUCACGAGUCCUCGUCAGACUUACAUCGUGAUAGUGAUGAAUCAAACAAGGCCAACUGGUCAUACCCAUUUCCACCAAUCUCACGGAGAAUAAAUUGA